AUGUCUACAGAUCAAUCAAAUACUUCAAUCUCACCAACACAUUCAUAUAGCUUUCUUGGAGUCUACAUACCAAUCUUUUCAAAUACUAUCAACUCUUAUCAAAAAACUUCAAUUCAACCAUCUCAAUCAGAUCCUUCAAUUCAUCAAUGUUCUGAUCCUGUUUCAUUAGAUUCAUCUAUUAUCUUCAAAGGUGAUAUCAUAACCUCUGAACAAUCAAGAUCAUCUUCUAAACCUCAUUCAGGUUCAAAUCAUUCGUCUAUCAAUAGCUCAAUGCUCAAUCAGUUAUUGCCAUCCAGAUUUCCGGCAUCUCAGCCAUCAGAUUUACGUUCAGAUCAUCAUUCUUCAAAUCUACAUCAUCCAUCUUCAUCUUCAACUUACGCUCUUGAAAACCCUUUGGUGAUUAGAAACCUCAUCAGACGUUUCUCUCCACCUUUCAAACCAUUUGGUUCUACUGAGAUUCUUGAAACUGAUCUUCAUCAUCCUGAUCUACCAUCAUCAAGUUUAUCUACUAGAAAACCUUCAAUGUCACUUCACUUUCCAAAACCUGAUCACGUGGCUUCGGCCAAUCUAUCACCUAUCCCAUCUUCAUCUAAACGUCUUUCUCAUCAUCGUCUAUCUUCCAAUCAUCAUGAUUCUAUUUCAAAAAGGAAUUCAGAUGGAAAGCCACGAACAAGCACUUCAUUGGAGAAUCAAUCAUAUCCUCAAGAUGAUGAAGAUCAACCUAGAUCUCGUCGUAAUCCAAAAAGUUAUCAAUCUUCUCAACUAUCCACUUUUAUCAUUGGAUCAGACGAAGAACCAGCGAUUCCUAAAGAUUUUUAUGAUUGGCCAGAAGAUUGGGAUCAAACUCAAGCUAAUCCAAAACAAGAGACAUCCAAAAAGAAAAUCAAACGACAGAAAUCUCAAACUCUUGAAUCUAAUAAACCUAGACUUUCAAAAACUCAAUCUACUACUACACUUGAAACAAUACCUCAAUCUGAUCGUACUUUACAGAAAAGAUCUCAUCAAGAGAAAAGAAGAAGACCUUCACAAGACUCGGAUGGAUCUAAUUUUGAUCCACAAAUCGAUGAUGAAAAAGAAAAUGGAAUCCAAGACCAGGAUGAUGAGAGUGUCGAACUUCAUCACGACCAUCACACAACCAGUAGAUCAAAUCGACAAGAUUCACCUGGACAACUUCCAUCAGGUGAACCAACAGCAGCUUCAACUAGUUCAGCAAGAAGGCCAACACUUUCUGGCACGAGUGAUGAAGAUGUUACAUAUCUUACUUCUAAUUCUAGGCAGAACGAAAAACCGAAUCAUUCGAAUUCCAACCAUCAUCUAGAUGAACAAGACUCUGAAGAUGAACCACCUAAAAAACAACCUAAACCAAAACGACCGAAAGCAGCCGUUGAGAAAUCUCCUAAAUUAGGAAACGAUCCUCAUGAUCCUUCACCUACUGCUGGACCUUCAAAACCAGUUUAUAGGAUUCCUAAUAUCAUACCAGCAUGUGAACCUGACGAUUUUGGUCAAUACGAAUCUUCUACCUGUCAUCAGUGUCGAGUGAAGACUACGCGACCCAAGAUGAUCUGCGAUCAAUCACAAGAUCCUAAUUGUGUUGUUCGAGUUUGUAUCACGUGUUUGAUGACAAGGGAAGUCUAUGACGAUCAUCCGGAACUUCGACCGCCUAUAUUCAAGUUUGUGCCAGGUGGGACGAUGUUAUGUGUAAAGUGUCGUAAUCUAUGUCCAUGUGCUUCGUGUAGAAGAAGACGUGGUGAGAAGGAACAGUGUCGUAGAGGUUUAGGUGGUUCAACUAAAGGAUUCUAUGGACUCACACCGGAAGAAAGAGAACAAGCUUUAACGAAGAAGAAGGAAAAACAAGAAUUGAUUCGACAAAAGAAAGAAUCUAGACCAGCAGUCGAAAAGAAAACACCAGUGGUUUGUAGAAGAGAAGCAGCAGCCAUACGACAUACUGGAUUUGAUGAUGAUAUCGAACAAGAAAGAUUACAACAUUGGGCACCUUUACCUGUUUUUCCUCCAUUACCACCAGCCAGAAAGAAGAAGAGGAAACGAUUAGAUGCUACCACACCUAUUGAUUGUAAAACGGGUGAUUCGGUUAGUGAAAGUAGUUGUAGUGAUACAGAUACGAAUGAAGAGAGUGAUACAGAUUCGAUUUCGAUUUCAUCUGAACUUUCACGUGAUUUUCAUCCUGGGAAUAAUACGGUUCUGGAUCCUACUACCUUUAAACUUUCACUCUCCUCAUCACAUUCACAAAGAAGAUUAUCAAUUUCAAAUCGAUGGCGUUCUAAUAAUAAUAACAAUCAUCGACAAGAUCUUUCUUCUGAAUCUCUUUAUAGAUCAGUGAAAAGGAAAAACAAAAACCAUCGAGCCCCGAUUGUUUGGAUUAAAGGAGGAGCGAUUGUACAAGCUAGAAAACCACCUACGAAAGAGUUUAUGGAUAAAUUAGCUGAAGAACAAAAGUCUAGAUCUUCUGGUGCUUCGACGGUGAUGGAUGAAGAUGAUGAUUUACAAAAUAGACUUCAUCAACAUGAGAUUGAACUCUCAAAUGAAACUGCGAUCGGUAAUCUUACGCUUGGUGAUAUAGAUGUUCCAGCUGCUAGUUUGCCUGUUCUGUUUGGAGGUAUCGAAAAACCGAUGACAGAUGAGCAGAUACCAAGUCCAUUAGCAUUUGUAGGAGAUCCUUCUAAAGUAGAUUGGUUACCUUCUUUUGAACCUACUGCCGAGUUAUAUGGACCAUUAACACCCGACACUACUAUGCAAGAAAUCCAAGUUUUACCUAAUCCAACUAAUCUGAAUGCAUCAUGUAAUCCAUUCAGAUCACAAAGUACAUUGAAUCCAAUCACAACUGACAAUCACCCUAGAUCUGAUCUUCCGAUGGCUAGUACUUCAACUUCACAUCUACCUAACCCACAACUCAUUCAAGCUUCAUCACAUCAUAAUACUGAGAAUCCGAUCAAACCUCAUCCAGCUUCAAAUCCUAAUGGAUUACAUUGUUUUGAAUCAGACACAACUUCAUUUGAUCAUCAAGCUUAUUUAUCAAGUUUAACGAAUGAAGAAUUAAGAGAUGUAUUGAAACAAGGGAAUUAUGAGAUGGCCAAACAAGGAUUCUUACCACCUAUGAAUGAAUCACAUUCUAAUUUGAAUCUUAAUCAUCAUCACCAUCAUCGUGGGGGGAAUGGAGAAGAAGGAAAUGAUGAGUAUGAUCGGAUCACAGGGAUCUCACCUGAAUUGAUUUCAGCUUCGUUACCUAAGGAAAGCACGAGUAGGAGUUUGGAAUCGGAUUUGAAAGAAAAGAAUCGAGUGGUAGAAGUCGAAGGAGAAGGAGGAGCAUUGGGGUUGAAUGAAUUGAAUGAAGAAGAUCAACAGAUCAGAUUGAUUGAAGCGGCUAAUUGGGCAGCAGUUUGGGGAGCUACUGAUGGGUUUGGUGGAUUUAAUUUAACGUCAUCGAACCCAUCGACUUCUAAUUCUAAUUCUAAUUCUAAUAAUAAUAAUCUGAAUUCGUCGAAUCAUUCUAAUCAUUCGAAUAAUUGGCAAAUCGAUGGGAAAGAAAAAGAAGUCUUUUUGAAAGCUUUUAGGAAUAGUGUAGGAGAUGAAUGGUUAACUGAUGUGAUGUCUUUAGAUUCGUUUUGA